AUGGACACCAAUACUAACCGUUUAAAUGCUAAAGACCUGAAAGAGGAAAUCUUGAGAAAGCGACGUGAACAAUUGGCAGCAUGGAGAGAAAAGAAGCAACAAGAAAAUAAGCAAGCAUCGGAGUCGCCACCGGUGAACUCUUCCGAAAGCGAUUCUUUGGAAGCAGAGAAGAAACUAAGACAACAAAGACUUGAGCAAUGGAAAAAGUCACGUUGUCAAAAGGAUAGCAGCUCUACACCAUUAGCGGCUGCUCCCAACCCAAGGAUCAAGAUAUUCAAAAAACAGCCAACUGCAACUCAUAAGCCCCAAAUAAAGAGAACAUUUGAUGAAUUCGAAUUUGAAGAGGAGGACAGCCAGAAAAAGAAACUUAGAUUGGUUGCACCCCCUUCUGCUUUUGGAAACCAGAAUGAAGCUGACGACACAAAAGAACUGAAGUCUGAUGAUGAACUCGAUGCAUUUAUGAAAUUAAUUGACACAAAGAGCAAUAAACCUGAGACAAAUGGGGCCAUGCCAGAUAUUCAAGUAAAUUCCACCGACGAUGAAAGUGCUGGUGAGGAAAUGGACCUACAACAUUUGAUUGACUCAAAGUUGGCUAAAUUAAACAAUACUACGAAAGAGUUGAAAGAAAUCGAUCACUCGCAGAUACAGUAUCCUUCUUUUAGAAAGGAUUUUUAUCAAGUACCUUUUGAAUUGCUGACAAUGUCUGACGACGAAAUGAGCUUGUUAAGGUUAGAUCUUGAUGAUAUAAGAGUCAGGGGAAACAAUGUCCCACCUCCGUUAACCAAAUGGACACAGUUGCUAUUACCGGAGAGUAUGAUGUCCGUAGUAAUUGAUCAAUUACGAUUUAACAAGCCAUCACCGGUGCAGUCACAAACUAUUCCCGUAAUUUUAUCUGGCCGAGAUUUGAUUGGAGUUGCCAAAACUGGAUCAGGCAAAACUUUAUCAUAUGUGCUUCCUAUGAUGAGACAUAUACAGGAACAGCUACCGCUGGCUAGUGGGGACGGCCCUAUUGCUGUAGUUCUUAGUCCCACCCGAGAACUAGCUCUCCAAAUUGAGCAAGAGGUUUUAAAUUUUGCAAAGAAGCUUGAUAAAAGAGUGACUUGUUGUUAUGGUGGAUCCAAGAUUGAAAAUCAAAUAAGUGAUUUGAGGAGAGGUGUGGAUGUGGUUGUUGCAACACCGGGAAGAAUGAUUGAUUUGUUAGCGGCAAAUGGAGGUAGAGUGACAUCAAUGAGACGUACAACGUUUGUGGUGUUGGACGAAGCUGACCGAAUGUUUGAUUUGGGGUUUGAACCUCAGAUAAGAAAGAUUCUAUCACAAGUGCGGCCAGACCGACAAACUGUGUUGUUUUCUGCUACAUUUCCGAGAAAGUUGGAACUAUUGGCCAAGCAAAUUUUAUCUGACCCCGUGGAAGUUAUUGUUGGGGGUAUUGGUGUGGUUGCUAAGGAAAUUAAACAAGAAAUUGUGCUUCUUCAUGAAUCAAGUGAUGAUUACUUUCAAGAGAGGAUCAAUUUGCUACGAAACUGUGUGCUGGACCAUUUGCAAGCCGUUGAAGAUAGCAAAGUGCUUGUAUUUGUUGAGAAACAAGUGGAUGCAGAUAAGCUAGUUUCCAAUCUAAUUAGCCAUGGGUUACCAUGCGUAUCAAUACACGCAGGAAAGGAACAAAUUGAUCGCAAAUAUGCCAUCAAGGAGUUUUCAGCACCCGAUAGUGGCGUCAACAUCUUAAUAGCAACAUCUAUUGCUGCUCGAGGACUUGAUGUGAAGAAUUUGGGAUUGGUUGUAAAUUUUGACCCACCAGGCCAUCUUGAAGAUUAUGUCCACCGAGUAGGUCGUACUGGAAGAGCCGGUGCUAGUGGUACUGCCAUAACGUUUGUGUCCAAGGCUCAAGAAAGGGAGAUAAAUGUAUUGGUAAAGGCGUUAAAGUUGAGUUCCAAUCAAGUUUCUCCCGAGUUGCAAACUAUAGCUGAUUCUUUUAAUCAGAAGGUGAAAUCGGGGGGAGCUAAAGUGGGCUAUGGAUUUGGUGGUAAAGGGUUGGAUAAUUUACAAGAGGCACGUGACAACAAGCUAAAGAUGGAAAAGAAAAUGUUUGGGGAGGAAGCUGAGGAGAAGGAUAAAGAAAAGGAGAAGGAGUCAUCCGUCAGCAAGAACAAAGAAGACUCGCCAUCUGUCAUGACUCUCCCCUCGUUUGAGAUUGUCGAAGGUAAUUCUCCAGAGACUGCCGGGCCAGACAAAUGUAAAUUUUUCUGUCGAAUUACGAUCAAUGAUUUGCCACAAAAGGUCAGAUGGGAUGUUGUGCAACGGGAACAAUUGUCCAAGAUCAUUGAAGGUAGUAGAACAUCCAUUACUACUAAAGGUCAAUUUUAUCCAGCAACCCAUAAAUUAAAUGCUGCCAAAGAUACAGAACCAAAGCUUUAUCUUUUGGUUGAAGGGUUGACUAAGAAAUCAGUUGAGGAUGCAAUUUCCCUAAUAAAGGAAAGAAUGUUUAAGAGCAUUGAAUCAAUAAGUGCUGAUGAUCGUGGUGCUGCUACUGGUAGGUAUACAGUAUAG